GGAGCACUGGUCCCAUGGGUGCCAACUGGUCCCUCACACAAGGCUGCCCACUGUGGCUGGCCCCAGGGGGCUGCAAAUUUGGGGGGUGAAAAGAGUAUGGGUUGAUUGUUUUUUUUUUUUUUUUUUUUUCUUACUGCUAUCCUUAUGCUCUGGCUUGUAGCUGGGUCUGCAGAGCUGGUGAUGGUGUCUGGAUCCACUCAGUAGUUAGCAAGGGAUCUGUACUGCAAAUAUCUGCUUUCAAGCCUGCUAUCUCUGCCCAGCCAAACCAUCUCCAGCACACUGGGUGUUCAGAAAUGCCCAUGCUCGGCAUCUUCUCUGUUUCCAGAAACCUUUCCUGCAGCAGCAGGAGUGAUCACAUCCUUGGGGUGGGGCAGAGGCAGCCCCCUGUACCACGGGCAGGAGAGGUGCUGACCUUCCUGGGGUGGGCAGCAGAGCUGGAGAGAAGUGGGGUUCCAGCAAAGGCACCUUCCUGCACAUCUGGAGUGCAGCUGGGUAGGACCUCUGCCUGCAGGAGCUAAGGGGCCGUGGGGCACCUAGCAGGGUGCUGGGUCCCAUGGUUCACCCCACUACGGUGAUGCUGAGCGUUGGGCUGACUGUCCUAAGUGAGAACUGUGGGGAGGCUGGUGGCCAGAUGCUUUCCCUGUCUCUUGGCCAUGGCUUUCUGCAGGGAUCCCCUCCCUCCUGUGUCCCUGCAGGGUGCCCGGGUGUGGAUCCCUGACUGUGUCGAAGUCUGGAGGGUGGCAGAAGUAACCAGAGGCUACAAGGAAGGAGAUGCCGUUCUCCAUCUCCGCCUGGAAGAUGGCUCGGCACUGGCCUACCCCAUCGAGUCCCAGCUGCCACCUCUCUGCAACCCCGACUGCCUCUCAGGUGCCGAUGACCUGGUGGCCCUGAGCUACCUGCACGAGCCAGCUGUGCUGCACUCGCUCCGCCGGCGCUUCCUGGAGGCUAAUGCCAUCUACACCUACUGCGGUGUCAUCCUCGUUGCUAUCAACCCCUACAAGCCGUUGCCCAUCUAUGAGGAGGAGGUGAUUUACGCCUACAGUGGCCACGAAAUUGGGGACAUGGAUCCCCACAUCUUUGCUUUGGCAGAGGAGGCAUACAAGCAGAUGGUGAGGUUUGGGAAGAACCAGUCCCUCAUCAUCAGCGGUGAGUCAGGUGCAGGGAAGACUGCAUCGGCCAAGUAUGCCAUGAGAUACUUCACCACUGUUGGGGGCUGCCUGUGCGACUCCAGCAUGGAGGAGAAGGUGCUGGCCUCCAGUCCCCUCAUGGAGGCCUUUGGGAACGCAAGGACAACCAGGAACGACAACAGUAGUCGCUUUGGGAAGUACAUCGAAAUCUGCUUCAGCCAAGCACGUGUCACAGGGGCCACCAUCAAAACCUACCUGCUGGAGAAGUCCCGUGUCACCUUCCAUGCGAAAGCAGAGAGGAACUACCACAUCUUCUACCAGCUCUGUGCCUCGGCCACCCUGCCUGAGCUCCAGGGCCUGGGUCUCCGUGGGGCAGAGUUCUUCCACUACACCUGCCAGGGCCAGUGCACUGCUGCCCAGAGCACCAACGAUGUGGCUGACUUGGACAGCACGCGGCAUGCCUUCUCGCUCCUGGGUGUCCCUGAGGCCAACCAGCUGGAGCUAUUCAGCAUCCUGGCUGCCAUCCUGCACCUAGGCAACAUUGUGGUCAGAGGGAGGGACCGCCGUGGGGAUGGCUGCUUCGUGGAGCCUGCUGAUAAGGCCCUAGGGCUGUUCUGCACGCUGCUGGGUGUGGAGGCAUCGCAGGUGAUGCGCUGGCUCUGCCACCGCAAGCUGGUCACUGCUGGUGAGACCUACCUGAAGCCCCUCUCCAGGCAGCAGGCUCUCGACUCCCGGGAUGCGCUGGCCAAGCAUAUGUAUGGGCAGGUCUUCAGGUGGAUGGUGAGCAGGGUCAACCGUGCCCUGCGGUCACCAGAGGGCCACCGCACCUCCAUUGGCAUCCUGGACAUCUACGGGUUUGAGAUGUUUGAGCUCAACAGCUUUGAGCAGUUCUGCAUCAACUAUGCCAAUGAGAAGCUGCAGCAGCUCUUCAACCUGCACGUCUUCAAGCUGGAGCAGGAGGAGUAUGUGACUGAGGAGAUCCCUUGGGUCUUCGUUGACUUCUGUGACAACCAGCCAUGCAUUGAGCUCAUCGAAGGCCGGCUUGGCAUCCUGGACCUGCUGAAUGAGGAGUGCAAGAUGCCCCAAGGCAGUGAUGGGAGCUGGGCCCAGAAGCUUUAUCAAACCCAUCUCAGCAGCUCCCACUUCCAGAAGCCCAAGAGGCCCACGGAUGCUUUCGUUGUCUGCCACUUCGCUGGCAAGGUGGAAUACCAGUGUGAUGGGUUUGUGGAGAAGAACAGGGACGCUGUGCCCGAGGACCUGGUGGGGCUGCUGCGAGCCAGCAAGUCUGCCCUGCUUGCUGAGCUCUUCCUGGAGGAAGGGGAUGGCCCCAUGUCCCUGCAGUCCCGCAGGUCCAGUGGGCCCAGGAUGGCUGGUCGCCCUAGCCGCAGAUCGCUGCCCAGCAGCCAGAAGAGCAAGAAGUCCAUCUCCAGCCAGUUCAAAGCCUCCCUGAACCGGCUGAUGGAGAUGCUGGGCAGCACCACACCGCACUACAUCCGCUGCAUCAAACCCAACGAUGGCAAGCAGCCCUUUGUGUUUGACUCUAGGCGAGCAGUGGAGCAGCUACGAGCCUGUGGGGUUCUGGAGACCAUCCGGAUCAGUGCCUCAGGCUACCCCUCCAGGUGGACGUAUCAGGAGUUCUUAGAGAGGUACAGGGCUCUGGUGAGCAGAGAGGAGCUGAUGGGCACUGAUGAGAAGCAGAUCUGCAGCCUUGCCCUUGAGAGACUGCUUCAAGACCCCAGCAAGUACCAGUGUGGGAAGAGCAAGGUGUUUUUCCGGGCUGGCCAAGUGGCUUACCUGGAAGAGCUGCGGUACCGCCGGCUGAGGUCAGCCUGCAUCUUGCUGCAGAGGCACCUGCGGGGCUGGCUGGCACGGAGGCGCUUUCGACGGGCACGUGUCGCGGCAGUCUGCCUGCAGCGCCAUGUCCGGGGCAUGAUGGCCCGGAGGUUCACCAGGAUGCUGCGAAGGACCAGGGCUGCCGUGACGCUGCAGAAGACCCUGAGAAUGGUUCUGGCCCGGCGCUCCUACCUACGCGUGCGCCGGGCUGUCAUCACCAUCCAAGCCUUUGCCCGGGGCAUGUUUGCCCGGCGUCUUUACCAACAGAUGGUGUGGCACCAGAAAGCUGUGGUGAUACAGGCUGCUGUCAGGGGCUGGCUGGCCCGGACCCGCUACACCCGCCUGCGUAGGACUGUCAUCUACCUGCAGUGCUGCUACCGCCGGGUGCGGGCAUGCCGGGAGCUGCGGCGGCUGCGUGUCGAGGCACGCUCGGUCGAGCACUACAAGCAGCUGCACAAGGGCAUGGAGAUCAAGGUGAUACAGCUGCAGUGCAGGCUGGAUGAGCAGGCCCAGGAGAAGCAGCGGCUGGCAGAACAGCUCUCGGGGCUGAACACUGCCCAUGCCGAGGAGGUGCAGCGCCUGCGGGCUGAGAUGCAGCAGCUGAGAGAGGAUGCAGCCCGUGAUGCCCAGGUCCAGCAGCUGCAGGAACGGCUGGCCGAGCUGGAGAAGCACAGCGUGAAGAACUGCCUGGGCCAGGAGGUUGAGGAGCUCAGGCAGGCUCGGUGUGUUCCUGAAUGUCCCCUCACAGAGGGGUCCUGGCUUUGCCUGUCCCCACUCCUUGCUGUGUCCAUCCCCACAGAGCAGCACCAGCGUGCGGCGCGGGAGAGCCAGGGGCUGCUGCAGGAGCUGGAGGAGGAGCGGGCACGCUACCAGAGCCUGGUGCAGGAGUAUGCCCGCCUGGAGCAGGGCUACGAGAACCUGCGGGAUGAAGUGGCCUUCCACAGGCAAAGUACCUUGAGACGGUCCCCUUCGUCAGAGAGCUUCUUGGGCUCCGAGAGCAGCUACUUGUCCUCCAUGUCUACAGCUCCCUCACGAGACGGCUCCGACCAGCAGGCUGAGGCUAGUGGUGACACUGGUGGGGACAGUGUGGUGGGGGUGACAAGUGGACUGUCCCUUCCCCUGGCUAUGGGGACAGCUGUGCCCUGGGGCUCCUGGCUGGGACCAGGUCCCAUCGCAAAGGGGUGUCUGUGGGGACUGGAGGAGGGCUGGGAGCCGGUGCCAGAGGGGCUGCAGCCACAGCCCAUUGGUGAGGCACCGCUGAAGAGUAGUGUGGGCCAGGAUCCCUUCGAGAAGGCGUAUCUGCUCCUCCUGGGGCAGUUCAAUGCUGUAAAUGAGGAGCUGGCCCGGACCCGGGAGGAGCUGCGGAGGUCCAAGGCCCCUGUGGAGUUGGAGGAGAGGAAACCCUUGGAUUUCUUCAAGCGCACGAACAUAGCUGAGAUGCUGGGGCUGGGCAGGAGCCCAGGGAAGGUGGUAGUGGAUGAUGACUUGAAGCAUGCAUAUGAUGCAGUGCAGGUUGCCAACAGGCUACUGGCGAGUCAGCUGCGGGAGGAGAAGCAGCAGCACGAGGAGGAGGUAGAAGGGCUGCACCUCGAUAUCUGCUCGCUCAAGCAGCUGAGCCAGCAGCAGGCAGCCCUCAUCCAGGACCUGCAGCGGCACCAGGGGCAGGAAGGGCUGCAGCACCAUGUCCUGCGGCUCAAGGAGGAGAACUGGGAGCUGGCCCAGAAGCUGGAGAAGCAGGAGAGGACUACACUGAAGCUCCAGAAGCAGCUGAGAGCCUAUGCAAAGCAGAUCCAGGAGUUCACAGUGAAGAGAGAGGCUACUGGGCCAGUGCAGAAGUUGGCAGCGUCUGCUGUGGUUGUGUCCCAGUCCCCCGUGAUCCCAUCCCUGGCUGGACUGUCCCAGGCCAUGCUAGCAUGGAGGAUGGAGGACGAAGGGCGCAUUAUCAAGGCCGUCAUUACAGACUACAAACCGCAGAGCAGCCCCGGAGCGCUCCCGGACCUGCCAGCCUACAUCCUCUUCCUAUGCUUCCGGCACGCCGACCGCUGCUGUGACGAGCCACGGGCCCGCUCGCUCCUGGAUGCAGCCAUCAAUGCCAUCAAAAGGGUCGCGAAGGUGCCGGACUUGGAGGCGUGGAAGCACGGUGAUGACUUUGACGUGGUGGCACUCUGGCUCGCCAACACCUGCCGGCUCCUGAACUGCCUGCGCCAGUAUAGCCAGGAUGAGACUUACUGGGAGGGGAAUACGGUGCGGCAGAACGAGCAUCGCCUGCAGAACGUGGACCCUCAGAGCUCCUGCUGCAGCCUGGGUGCCCUGGCUGUCCAGCUCUACCAGCAGCUCAUCCGCACUGCUGAGAAGCGCCUCAAACCCAUGAUCGUUGCUGCAAUGCUGGAGAGUGAGCCCAUUCAGGGCUUGUCCUCCUCCUGCCCUCCUGGCCACCGCCGGUCCUCGGCAGCCCCUGCCCACACCCUGCCUGAGCUGCUGCAGCAGCUGGGCUCCUUCCGUGCAGUGCUGGACCUCCAUGGGCUGGCCCCCAGUGUGGGGCACCAGGUUCUGCGCCAGCUCUUCUUCCUCAUCAGCGGCACCACCCUCAACUACCUGCUGCUGAGAAAGGACACGUGCUCCUGGAGCUGUGGCAUCCAGCUCAGGUACAACAUCAGCCAGUUGGAGCAGUGGCUGCGGGCAGAGGGGCUGCAGCAGAGUGGGGCCUGUGAGGUGUUGGAGCCCCUGGUCCAAGCUGCCCAGCUGCUGCAGGUGAAGAAGGUGACAGAGGAGGAUGCUGGAGCUCUCUGCAGCCUCUGCACGGUGCUGUCAACCCAGCAGGUUGUGAAGAUCCUCCGGGCUUACACCCCAGCUGUUGGGCUGGAGGAGCGCAUCAGCCCCAGCUUUAUCAGCAGCGUUGAGAAAAAGCUGCAGGACCAGUAUGGAGGGGGACCCAGCCAGCUCCUGGUGGAUACCAGCCACCUCUUCCCUGUGCACCUGCCCUUCACCACCUCCCCCCUGCACCUGGAUGAGCUCCGCAUCCCUGAUGCCCUCAACCUGGCCUUCCUUGUCCGUCUCUGAGUCCAGGUCUGGCCCUGGGUCACUGCCAGUGCCCUGUCGAGGGGUGUCUGAAGCCCCUGAGAUGU